CAGAGCGAGUCCAGGUUUAACAUGCGGAUGGUGGACUGGCGGUGGCGGUACGCAGGGCACUUGAAGGCAGCACCUCGGUCUGUGUGGUGGUGUGACAGCAGCGACGUGAGCCGCAGUUUUACAGGAUGAGCCACAGACCGUCGGUCAUGUCGGUCACGAUGAGCGCUGUGUAAAUAAACAGGACCGUGUGAUGGGAGCGUGGAUUCACUUUGUGUGAGAGACGUGAGUAAAGUUUGUUGGAUGAAGCUAACUAACGCCGCACACAGCCGGUGGUAGCUAACUGCUAACUUGUUGAACACUUGUUAGCAAACUAGCCCGCGCUAGCUCAGAGCGACGUUCACGCUCCGGACAGUUGGAGCGAGCGGUCACAGUCUGCGUGUGUCAGCUGCUUUGACACGAACCCGUGUUGUUCUGCGUCCUGCUGCUCCUGGGUCAGUCUGCCUCAACUCCUGUCUUCGGGCUGAGCGGGUCGUAGUCAGCACACGGGCUCGAUUACUGUUCGUAAAGUCAACGGUGGAGACUCUGGCUCUGCCCGGCGGGGUGAGGCGGCGCCAUGGGAACGCGGUGGUCGCGAAGCGGCAGCAGCUUGUCGCUGCUCCCGGAGAGCCAGAGCUCUGGACGGCGGGGGGAGGACAGGGACUCCGAUGAUGACUCUCUGGACGGGCUCGUCAGGCGGGAGGACAUUGCCCAGUUCCCGUACGUGGAGUUCACCGGGAGGGACAGCAUAACGUGUCCGACAUGUCAGGGCACCGGACGAAUCCCGUCAGAUCAAGUCAAUGAACUGGUUGCACUGAUCCCGUACAGUGACCAGAGACUGCAGCCCCAAAGAACGAAGCUGUACGUGGUCUUGUCAGUUGUGCUGUGUCUCCUGGCAUCUUCACUGGUUGCCUUCUUCCUCUUCCCUCGCUUGGUGGUCGUGGUGGAUGAUGGGAUACGCUCAGUGACUGUUCAAUUUGACCACACCAAUAAGAAGGUCCUGAUGAACAUGACGAGCACACUGAACUUCAGCAACCCAAACUUCUUCUCGGUGCUGGUGCAGAGCGUGAGCUGCCAGGUCCUCUACAUGAAAACAGUGAUUGGACUACAGCAGCUAGACAACGCCACCACCAUCCUGCCACUGGGUCAGCGUCAGGUAAACUACACCGUCAGUGUGGAGAUUGGAAGCAGCACACCCUAUGUCUAUGCCUUCUGCACCAUGCCCAGCAUCAAGGUCCACAACAUCGUCAUAUUUGUGCAAACGUCAGUGAAAACCUCAUACAUGGUGCGAACAUCCCAGAACAGCCUGGAGGCCUAUCGCUACAUAGACUGUGGUUCCAACACCACACGCCACCAGAGAGCCAAGCAGCUCGGGCUUCUGUCCUCCACCGGCUCAGCUGCCGCGUCCUUCAGCGGCCCUAUGCUGUGAGUGGAGCAGCCCUGGACUGCAUCCCCGGAGGUGUUUGUGCAAACUCCAGAAUGUAAAACCACAAACAGCAGAAAUACUGCACGAUGCUUUCUACCAAGCUCACCCAGAGCAGGUAACACAAAGCCGCUGUUUACUUGUGCCACUGAAUGAUGACGCCGUUUCCUCAAUAACAAGGAUGUGUCAAGGGAAGGUUUUGUGAAGUUUUAUUUCUGACUGCACAUUUGUUUUCCUCAGACAGCCCCUAGGGAACAGACGUGUGGUAUUGUUGUGGUUGUUAGGCAUCACAGAUUGAAAAUCCAGCCUCGAUGACCUUUUUCCCUAACAUGUCAGUAUGGCUUUAAUUUGUGGAGUUGGGAUAUUUCCUGCCACCGCAAACUCUUCUGGUUUUUACGAGUGUUAAUGGAGCUGAUGAUUGCCUGGACUCGUGUGAAAUAGAGGUUUAUGAAAAGGGCAGCUUUGCUAACGUGUCGAUAUAUAGAGAUACGUGUUCCACUUGCAGAAAUGGCAUGCGCCGUUGCGUACAAGCGCUCUGCGGCCCUGGUGAAAUGUCAGAGAAAGCCCUUCUCUAUUAAAGGGAAUAACAUUCACAAAUGAAGUUCUAGUGAAGUGCCACAGCUUUAAUGAACACUUAGUGUUUUGUCCGUCUGCUGCUGUAACACAGGGAGAGCGUCCUUCACCGUCGCUUGAAAGACUGUUAGUGCCAUAACACUGUCAAGCUAAGGCUGCUGACUUUCCUUUAAAAAAGGACAGAAGGAGUUGAGCUGCUGCUUCAGUUUUGGAUUCAAUGCGAGGGAUCAUUUAGCGAUUUUUUCUGCACCUUUAAAAUACUGUUACGCUCACAUGUUGAUUUUUUUUUUGUUGUGUUAUUUAACUGUUUCUGAGGUUGACAUUGAACAUAUCAAGGAUGGUUUUUAAAGUGAAAUGAGUUUGAAGUUAUUCCUCAGUGCCCUUUGAGCUCAAUGGCUAAGCAUAAUGAUUUUUUAGAUUCAGGGUCAAGGUGAGCAAUACUUUUCUGAGACUAGAUUUAAUCUCAGGUGUCAGUGAAGCUCAUGUGGUGACGUGAUUUUCGAUCCUGGUGAAGCUACAGAAAGAACAAUUUGAACACAAAUAUAUAAUUGCACCAGCAAACCUCAUCUGCAUACAGUGUCCUCAGAGCUGCUGUUUGAUAGAUGUUGACUGAAACUGUUCAUCAUUAAAACACCUCUGCUACAGUAUCGGCUCUGUAUACAGUCACUUCUCAAAUGGCUCAUGUCACCAUGGAAACGGAAUAACUGAGAAAUAGGGAAUUGAUCUUUUUUUUUUAAGGGACUGUUUGUAAAUUUAUGACUGAUUUUACGAGGGUUUUUAAAAAUGUGCUUGAUUGUAGUUUAAAAAAGAUAUUAAAGGGAUUUGUGAAUUAAUAAAAUUAAU